UCUACACAAGAGAAAAGAUCACAGGACGUCUCUGCUUUCACUAUGAAUUGCGUUGCACUGCUUGCUUUGAUGUGCUGGUGCGCAUUGUGUGGGGAGGCGAUGCACCUGAUGCGUCCGCGCCCCUCACCACUGGACAGCGCCGCGUCCUGGAACAACCUAAAUGUGAUGACUAAAAAAGCACAAAGCAGUGACAGAGACCACGAAACCCGACUGAUUCCAGUGAUAACCAGCGAGAUGAUGAAACAAGAAGACACGUGCUGCAUCAACGCAAUGAUCCUUAAUUACUAUCUAGAGAACAUCCUCCAGGAACAUCCCACAGACAGGGACUACCCGAGUAUUGGUUUCGUGAGGUCUGAUCUGCACAGGAUCGCAAAAGAUUUGGAACCACAUUGUAAAAAGGACUAUUCAGAACAUGAGCAUGUUAAACAAUUCACAGAUAAAUACAGAAAAGCGAGGGCUUUGUAUGGGGAUGUGACAAAAGCUCGGAACAAAGCAGUCGGAGAGACGGAUAUUCUCUUCCACUACCUUUACGAAUCCUGCACAGCAAGAAAACGCGUUUGAAGCUCUCAUCAUUUGUACUUGAAUAUUCUAAAAUGUCAUUAUUUCAAUAUGCAAAGAAAUAUUUAUUAUUGAGUUAUUUAUUAUAGCCUAUAUAUAUUUAUUGAGUGUUAUGUCUCAGUCUUUUUUGUAAAUGACAUGGAAAUGUUUUCAUGCCGUGUAUUGUAAAGUCACGCUUGUGGCUAAUAAUUUUGUGACUGACUUGGGCUACACAUCCUAAGCCAGACCACUGCUAAGUAAAUGCAUUAUAAAAGCAUUGUUAAAGACGUCAGUUUGCUUAAAAAUAAACUUUUUUAAACGAAAAUAAACGAAUUAUCUAUAUCUUGCAAAUGCUCUGAAGUAUAUUAUAUAUUGUUAUAUAUUAAUAUAUUGUAUUUUUUACAGUUGGUUUAUCUUUAUGCAUUGAGAUGUAUUUACGCUUUAUUUAAAAUAAAUAAAAAAAUUAAAAAGUA